AUGGCACACAGUUUCGGGGCCAACUUCGAAAAGCACCCAAUGGUGGCGCCCAUCUGGGACCGUCUACAGGACAUCGAACAACAGCUAGACCAGCUCAACCUCGCAGUCAAUACUAUACUGAAGCACUUGAACAUCCCACCACCCGGCGGUCUGAAUCCAUUGACUGGAGAUGCCAGUCCUGUUUCCUCUACUCCCCAGCCUAACGGCUCGUCAAAAACUCAUAUCUCUGACUCGCCGUAUGUGUACGAAGCGCUCAGCCUCGAAAAGGCCGAGAUCCGUCUGCUCGCUGUACACAACGCGGACGAUGACUCGGAAGAAAUCCGCUGUUCUCUGGUGCCUCUGAGUCUCGAGGACAGUCAAGCGGCGCGAUCAAAGCGGUACAACGCAUUGUCAUACUGCUGGGGGGAGCCAAAGAUGGACGGACGUGUUGUCGUCAACGGUCACCUCUUUCCCAUCACACGAAAUCUGGAGAGUGCGCUGCGCCAAAUGAGGAAGAGAGCCACAAAAGAAGCAGCCACAGCGAGGACACCCUCUCCAAGCACAUUCUGGUGGAUCGACCAGAUCUGCAUUAAUCAAGAGGAUAUUGAAGAACGAGGCAAUCAAGUUGCGUUGAUGCGCCGCAUCUAUAGGGGUGCGCAGUCCGUACAUGUCUGGCUGGGCGAUGCCAUCGAGGGGUCCGCCCUCGCCGUAGAUGUCGUAGGCAAGAUUGGUCAACCUCCCACCCGGGGUCCGGGGGAGAAGGAAGUCGAAUACCCAGCGCUCUCAGAGGAGGAUGUGCGCAAACACUGGCAGGCUCUUCGCUUGAUGCUGGAUCAACCUUGGUGGGAACGAAGUUGGAUCCGUCAGGAAGUGUCCCUUGGAUCUCGCACACAGGUCAGCUGGGGUGACCACAGUGUCAGCUUCGAUGUGGUAUCGCAAGCUGUCAUGGCGAUCGAGUACGUUGACAGCCUCGGCCACCAAAUACCCAGUCAACAUUCCAGUAUCGAGGACAACGAGACAGCGGAUAACAAAGCUGCUUUCAGUUUCUACCACCAAGCACAAAGUCUCCGCGCCUUGAGGAAAGCCUCGUACGCAGGCCAUAUGUUUUUGCCCCUCCACGACCUACUCCUUCACUCGCGCCACUGCAAGGCCACGGACCUGAGAGACAAGGUCUAUUCAAUGCUGGGCCUUGCAGACCCGGAGAUAUACCUGCUCCGAGCAGACUAUCGACUUCCUCUUACCGAAGUGCUUAAGGAAGCUGCCCGUUCAAUCCUGCCUCAGAAAAAGGGGUUGCGCCUCUUGGGCGCGUGCCAGAACCAUGAACGUCGCCACGAUCUGCCGUCGUGGGUGCCGAACCUGAUUGAUGACUGGAAGUAUCGCCCCUUGCAGGCAGACGACGCGAGCCACUACAUCUCCAUGGGGGAGCAGAGCGUCGCAUUCGACCAAGACACAAUGCUGGUGAAGGGGUUUAUCUUCGACUCUGUGACCGCACUGUGCGACACCGUCGUCCCACGCGGCGCCACAACGGGGGAGAUUGACCAAGUAUACCGCGCGUGGCAACAUUAUGCCGAGGAGGCAGAAGCCGCCGGACAGAUUGACGUCGGUGGAAGUCAAUAUGGGAUCAGACACGGCUUCCGAGGGCAAAAAGACACAUUCUGGGUCAACUUCCUCUCUACAGACCGAACGGCUAGCGGGUAUCUGCGGUACUCGCAGGACAAUGACAACACCGCUCCCGGUGGCGCCACUCUCCUCUCCGAGCGCGAAGAGGGAUUGCAAAUGCAAUACCUCGGCCUGAAUCUGAAACUGGCCCAGAGCUACCUCCUCCCUGCGUCGUCCGAGAAGAGUCUGCAUCCGCUGCGGCCCAUCCGCGCCGCACUGAAGAAAUACGGCGUCGGUCGACGACUGGGCAUCUGCGCGAAACACAAAACCCUCGUCCUACUGCCCGGAGACGCCGAACCGGGCGACGCGAUCGCCGUCUUCAGAGGCGCCACGUUCCCCUACGUCCUGCGAAAGGCUCCCGCCGUGCCCAGCAGGCACGGAGACAUGUCUGAGCAGCCACAGGAUGAGUAUGUGCUGGUAGGCGAGGCGUUUUUGCCUGAAACGGCAUCGGACAAGGCCCUCGGAGUUGCGCCCGAUACGAUGGUUGCAAUGCGCAUCGUCUAA